UCGGAUUCUCGCAAAUUGUACUGAAUAUCGGACAAAGAACCGGAUUAUUUACGUCUCUAAGUGGACAAAGUGCCGCUGGAGUGGACACGAGGUGCUCUGAAACGUUCGUUUGUGUUUGGUAUACAAAAUAAAUGCGAUUGUCUGUUGUUUAAAUGAAACUUAGAUUUUCUACGAGUGUUUUCAUAAAUAUGUCAAUGAUGUUGAGUGUUUGAUUCUGUGAAAGUGUUAUAAUUGCAUAUAUCUGUGAAAAUGUGCGGGUACCUUAAACACGUCGUUAUUCUGUCACUAUGCGCACUAGUGCUGACAGAGAAGUGCAACCAAAAGCCGAUAUUAGUUCCUGACGAUGUGGAGCCACUGGAGAACAAUGAUUUGUUCACCAUGACCGUCAAAAACAUGGGGAAGGAUGUCAACAACCUUUUCAAGCCUGACCAGAGAUAUGAAAUAACCAUAACAGCGAGCAGCGAGAACCACACUUUCUGCUGGUUCAUGAUCACAGUAGAAGACCCAGAUGUAGACUCGAGCGACUACUCGUUCAGGAGACAGCAAUACGACGUGGGCACUAUGAAGACCAAGGACGACGUCCGCAGCAGCCAGUACAGUGACAAGUGCGCCAACACUGUGGAGAAUAUCGACAAUGCUGGCAAGAUGGAGGUUUCGGUCCACUGGCUUUCCCCCAGUUCUAGUUCCCCGCUGCCUAUAGCGAACAAAGUACGGAUUCGUGCUAUGGUGGCCGAAAACGCACGCGCGUGGUACGUGGGUCCUAACCUGGACAUUGUGUUGACCAAAGACAACGAACGGCCGCUUGACAUGCCUCAAUACGAUGCUAAGGAGACGUGCAAUUUGUGUAGCGAGGCCCGGUAUGAAGUGAUCUUCGAAGGCCAAUGGUCUAAACUGACGCACCCACAGCAGUUCCCCACAAACAUGGAUAAGAACGCAUACAGCUACAUGGUGGGGGCGUCCCACGACUAUUUAUUCACGCUGUGGGAGCCAGACAGUUACGCCAGCCAGGGCCUGCAGGAAGCAGCGGAGAGGUCUGACAUGAAUGUCCUGGAAAAAGAGAUUAUGAGUAAAGUAGGCUACGGGCAAAACAGCACACGAACGCUCAUCCGUGGCCGCAGGAACGCUCACCCAAACAUGUUCCGUCCAUCCCACGCCCUGUUCCGAACGGACAGGACGCACCACAUGUUCUCAUUGGUCAUCGGGAUCCAACCGUCGCCUGAUUGGUUCCUCGGGGUGCAUAAGUACGAGCUGUGUACUGAUGAAGGCUGGUUGGAGUAUGAGAAACUGCCGCUGUACCCUUGGGAUGCGGGAACUAUGGACGGCGUUUCUUAUAACUCUACAAAGAAGAAAACGAACCCCCAAGAAAAGGUUGGACGGGUGGCCCUGGGAUCUUUCGACAGAGAAUCUCCGUUCUACCAGUUGAACUUGAAUGAUCUGACGCCCUUCGGUCACCUGAAGACUAGGCUGUUGGACGUUUACCCUGUCAAAGAUUGCGAGGGAGACACAACCAAGGAAGAAGAACCAGAAAAUUUAGAAACGGGUGAUCACGAUGAAGAAACGGAGGAACCGCAAGUAGCCGAGUCUCGAGAAGGCUGCGGCUUCACCGAAUGGGAACCCUGGUCUCCCUGCUCGCCUGAAGCAGAUUGUGGCCACGGAAGACAGUUCCGGAUCCGGUACAAGACGAAUUGGAACUACAACUAUAGAAGUCAUAUGAAUCAUGGAUCUGAUCGUGAAGAGAAGUGUAUAGUGGACCAGAAACAAAUGGACACGGAGUACCAGUCGUGCUAUGUUGAUUGUUAUUAGUUUUUCAUCACACCCGCACUUUAAAUGUGCUAUUGCACGCAGGCGGAGCGUGAGUUAUAGAAAGAACGUUCUCCCAAGGGAAUAAUGAAAUUUCUUGUACCGCACUUAACUUUUUUACAUCUA